AUGGUGCCCCGCGAAGCCACUUUGUCGGUGGAAGUCGCCAGCGAGCGAGGUGACGAGAGCGUGUCGGCCGGCUCCAUGAGCCUCUCCUCCACCAUGCCUGACCUUCCCGCUACUCCACCGCCGCCGCUGCCCGGGUUCACCACGCUGGAGGUGAGUGGUGCUUCAUGGCAUACCCCAUCGCCGCAACCUGGUACUUCCGUGGUGGUCUCGCUACCGUCGCCAACACUUCAGGGGAUCGGCUUGCCAGGGGCGGAUAACUACGCUGCUGGGCCCCCCAACGGCGCCGUUGUCACGAGCUUCCAGAGCAGAACGGGAAGCAAGCAUGCCUGCGCUGGUGCCUUUCCUUCGCCUGCUGGCGAGUCUUCGGCGCCGCCGACGCCCAUCAUGAUCAACUCACUUCCGCGCACAUCUUCGCAGUGCGCGGAGGUGAGCGAGCACCUGCAUCGCUGCCACCAGUCGUUGCUCGGCAGCUCCCUGCCACCCGGCACGGCGCGCUUCACCACCCUGCCAACGCCGUUUAUGUCGCGGGUGGGGGCAGGCAUGCAGAGCAGCGGAGCCCGCAGCCUUCGUGAGGACUCUGCCGUCCUCUCGCGCGCCUCCUCCUUCACUCCACCGGCGAUGCGGUUUGCGCAGCGGGUGCGGCGCCGCAUGUUGACACUCAGCCAGAUGCAGCUGCAGCUUUCCGCCCGGGACCUCUUCCACACAGACCACAUCGGUAGCCGCUCUCAGGCGGCACUGCAGGUCACUGCCGCAGCGUCUGGCAUCACGAGCCCAGCCGUCUCACCGACCCUCGCAGCGCAAGGUAGUUGGCGGGCGAAGAAUGGGCCGGAAAGUCGUCGGAGCAGCAGCGGCAGCAGGUCGAGCAACUCUCGGUACCAGGAGUACUCCCAGCACUCGUGUGGUGCCCAUGCGGCGUCGGAGAUGCCGCAGGAGGCGCUACUGAACCCCCACUGGCUGUUGAGCGUGAACGAGGACGGCUUCUUGCGGUACGAGCCGCUGCCGUCCGCUGCGCAGCCGCCGCCGUACAGGCAAUCCCCGCCGGUGAUCACCACUGCCGAUUUUGCCUUCCUCUGUCUACCGUACGAGCCGCUCGCGCGCGGCAUAGGGCCAGAGGUGGGCCACGACAGCAAUAUCAGCACGAGCGGUCCGUUCGGUGUCAGCGCCGGCGGGGUCGGUGUAGCCGUCAGUGGUGACGGUGCGGCCGAGGAGGUGGCGACGGUACUCGACUUCUUCUUUGGUCUCUUCAGUGGCGCCAGGCCGCAGCACUCGCACGCACACCAGCAGCGGCGACCGCCGCACCGUGGCACGACAGAAGCGAAGUUGAGCCUCUUGACGGUGAAUAACGACGGCGACGGCGCCACGGUUUCCGCCGCGCACGUACACUCUGGCAGCUCUCCCGUGCAAGACGGCGAAGAGCUGCUGCCGCGGCCGAUGGUGUGCGGUGACGGCGACGACGGGCAGCGUACUCGGCGGGACAAGCGACAUGCGGAAAGCUGCUCCAAUUCCUACCCGCAGGUCGCCGCUAGGCCUAUCAUCAGCACCGCCGGGGGAAGGGGCGGCCAUGGUGCUGAGGUGGCCUCGCGCGAGGUCAACGUCCCCCAGACUUCAUCGCCACGAAUGCGAGUCUCCAGGGCACACAUCUCCACCGCUGCCGAUUUCCCGUUGUUCACUUCGAAGCGACCGCAACCUGCGGGAUGCCUCGACAGCGACAUUUCUCUCUUGCCGCCACAGAGUCACGUGGUGCCGGGGCUGCCAGUCUCCUUGACCGAGGAUUGGCUGCUGCCGCUGCGUCAGGUCCUUGUCGAUCGCACGAUCUUCCUCCUUGUCAAGCCCGGCAGUGAAGAGACGCCGGCGUCAAGCCUGCGCCAUGCGGACGCGACGGGUAGCGCCAAGUACUCGGACAGCGCCAUGGACGAGCGGGUAGUGCAGCGGUUUCUGCAGUUUGCCAAAAUGCACUAUGGGGUCACGGUGCUGCCGUGGCGCGUCAUUACCUUCAGCUGCCGCGAUGCGACGCGAGCUCGCAACGUGAUGCUGGCUGUCUACGCGCAGCAACUCCGUAGGAAGCAGCAGCAGCAGCAACACGGACAGAGUGCCAAGUGGCAGCCGACUUCCGAGACGCUGUCACACGCGCCUCCGGCCAGUGAUGCCGGCGAGGACGAUGUAGCGGGCAAAGUCACUACGGCCGAUGGCGUUGAUGUGCUCGUUGCAUCUACCGCAUCGCCCGCUCCCCGCAGCGGCUGCUCUGUCUCCCCACUUGAGUCUUCGUGCGUGACAACUGGCUUGCCUGUGAUCACCACCCCUGACGGGGCGCAGACGCCGCCCGGUGCAUCCCUCAUGGCAACCUCGCCGCUCACACUAACGUCUUUGGUUGGUGGAAGCGAGUGGCGUCGUCGUCGCCAUGACGGUGCGAGUCGGCCGCACUACAACGAGGAUGGCCAGCAGGGGUUUUCCGACCCCUUGUACACGUUGCUGACACAGGAGUUGAGCGUUCAGUCGCUGUCGACAGUGCUGGAGGAGUACAGGCCGUUGCUGGAGUGCCACGUUGCGACGCAGAUGUCUGCGCAGUCCGGUGCGAGUGCGGUGGCGGCCGUGACAUCGCCAGCCGCUGGUAUCUGUUCCCAAGCAAGCUGCGCAGGCGGGACGGGACCCCCCACCAGUACGAUCGAUGAGGGGGAACAAGUUCUCGUUGACGCCGCCCGCCGACUUCCAGGUGUGGCGGGCUCCGUCCCCGCCAUCGAGGGCCCCGCCACGGGGGACGCGAGCGACGACGGCGUGGCCGCUACAGCGGCGGCGGCAUGCAAGCAUGCGCAAGAGGUUGUGUGGCACUCCAGCGGGGCCGCGGGCGUGAGCAGGGCUCUUCGGUACUUCCAGCACGCUGCAACCGUGCAUCGUGUGGGGCGGGCGGCGUUUCCGGUGAUGAUGUGGUCGUGGCAGCUGUACUCGCUGCUGCCGGCCAUUAUCAAAGACGCGCAGUGGCGCUGCAAUCGACUGCGGCACAACAGUCGUCACUGCCAGCACAGACUGCAGGGGGUGCAGCGAAGCAUCACGUUGCACCUGGCUGCAAGCCCGGCCAAGAACGUGGCGGCACUGGAGGUGCGACUGCAGGCGGGGUUCAAAGAAAUGACGCAGCGGUUUUUGCGAGACCUCCGUCGACUGUUCAUCUCGUCAGCCUCCGCAGCGACGACUGCUGCAUGCUCGCCCAUCUCAAAGGUGUCGUCGCCGUCGGGGCCAGCGACAGGCACACCAGGGCACGGGCAGCGACAGCAGCAGGUGCUGCCCUUCGCACCACUGGACGCACUGCUGGUGUACGACUCACCGGGCCUGCGAGAGGCGUACCGGCGCCUCGCUCGGGCGGUGCUUCGAUUUCACGCCUUCUACCUUGCAGGGCAGCUCGCCUUCGAUGCACGAAUGCCAAGUCAGCCCUCGCGCACCGGCCAGGAUGCAGCCCACGAGAGAAAGCUCUCGCAGUCGCCAUGUCCCAUAUCCGUAUACGAGCAGCGCUACGCCGCUCUACGGGAGGCUGUGUGUCUCUCGCGGCUGCAGCUGAAGACGCCGCUGUGGUUGCUCAACGGCCUAAACGCCACCCCACCCGACGAGUCGUGCACGCGACCUGGCACUUCCUCCCCAGCGACGCUGCCGCCGCCGCCGCCGACGCGAGCGGUUACCCCUGCCACCAAAACGUCGACAACUCCUGCUGUUCGACCGACCCCGUGCGGCAGCGCGGCACGGACACCGGCAACCACAACGAGCGAGGCCGAGGAGAUUCCGAUGCCGAAGGUGGAACUCCGGCCCAACUCCAGCCGCCGCUGCAGCUCCCGCAUCACGAGCGCCGCAGGCUCAGCGGCCUCGCUGGUGGAGCAGUUUUCACUGCUGCGACCUGUAAGGCGGAGAAAGCCAGCUGCUGCACCUCACAGAGCGUCCGUCGAAGGCGGCAGCGAUGGACGACCGUUGCAGCGGUCGUUCUUGUCACCGUCGUUCCUCGCUUCCGCUGCACGGGAGGUCGUUGGUGCCGCGGCAUGCCCGAUGGCUGCGCGGGCGGAAGUAACAGCUACGAAGAACGGCACGGACUCUGGACGUGGCGUGCCUGGACAGGAGCGUGGGACACGGGGGAUGUCUUCAGAGCAGGCGGGGGACGAGGGUGCAGACGGCGACGGCACGCCCCGACUCGGUCUCGAGGAACUUCAGCAGCGGCACUUCGCCAUGGAGCAUCAGCUCAUUGCACAUGUCUCGCAGAUCAACACAGAGAUCAUCAACUUCCUGCUCGCCACUUGCGUGGCUGCCGUGCCGCGCCUGCAGCAGGACUGUGUAGGCGCAGAGCUGGCGCGGGUGAAGGACACGCAGGCGGAGAUCGUGUCGAGCUUCACAACGGCAGUGCGCGGCCGCAAAGACGCCGCCAUCGCCAUGUCUCACCUCUACGCCCGGCUCGAGGAGUGGUGCACCGAUAUGUCGCGCCUCGUGUCGGUUGUGCGGUCGCGGCCGUAUCUCGAAAAGUUUAUCACGCAACUGCGCGCGGUUCUGUGCGAGGAUGAGGUGCGCGCCCUCGCAGCCUUUCGCUGCGGCAGCGGGGGUGGGCAGGACUCGGCCGCCGCGGCGUGGCAGACGCCGCAGGUAGAUGACACUCAGCCGUCGCCAUCCAGUGCAGCAACGAAGGCGCAUCGCGGGAUCCAUGUGACCAGGGUACGUCUACCCCUGACAAGCGCCAGCGCUAACGGCGGCUUACAGGACAGCACGCUGAAAGAAUCGGCAGACCAGCACCCCGCCACACCUCCUACUCCGGGUGGCACCCCUUGCGCCUGCGCCUCGAAGUCCUUGGCAGCUGAGGUUGGCUACCGCUCUGCCCGGAUGCUGCGCUACUACAUUCGCCUCGCCUGCAAGCGGCGUGGCUCCAGCGGCAGCGACAAACUCUCCGACACCAGCACGGCUGCUAACGCGCAGCGCAGCGGUGUGUUCGGCGAAAUGCUAGCAUCCCCGUCCUCUUCCCGGUCGCUGCGCUCCAUCCAGGGCGCCAACUCAACGUUGGCGUCACCACACCGCAGCUCACGCGUGAACGGCGGCGGUGGGGGUGGAGCAUUGGGCUUGAGCGUUUCGCUGUCCAGCAUGUCGGCCGCGUGGAGUCGGGAGGAGGCUUGCUUCCGUCUCGAGGGUGGUGCCCGAGCGCAACGCCUUUAUGCUGCCGGUGACGCGAAGACCACGGCGUUCGCCUUUUUUGCCUCCCCGACGCAGCCGACCAUAUCGGCUGUGUCCUCAGAGGUGCUCGCGAUGCUGGAGGUGGUGAAGCGGGAGCCUCUUCGGCACCCGUCGCUUACCUCAGCGGCGCAAGCCGUGGUCAGUGCCGAAUCAAGGGGGGCUGGGCGAGACGGAGACGCAUCGUCGGCUACGCCGGCAGCAGCAGCGGCGGCGCACCGCUCCGUCGAUGCAGGUGGCAGCGCGUGGCAGCAACAGCUGGCGCAGUGGCGGUCCACCAUGACUGACGCGGAGAGACCGGCUGAUGAUGCCUCUGCGGCACCAUUGUUGUGGAUUAUUCUGGACACGUGGGAUGAGACGCUGCUCCGCAUGCCCUAUGGGCUGCUGCUGCAGCUGGACACACCCAGCUACGCUGACUCUCUCAACCGCAUGAGCGAUGAGCUCUUGAACACGCAGGAGACCUGGAAGGCUAAGUGCGACGACGUGCUGGCGAGGACGCGGCGGCAGCUGCAGGCACUGGAGGGGAAUCUCCAUGAGAUUUGUGAUGACCGUGGUGAGGCGCGCGCCGAGUACGUGCGGGAGUUGCGGGCGGUGUUUGAUGCGGCUUUCGCCCUCAUCGCCCCCCGCGAUGACACUGCCACAGGCGCCUGCCCGUUUUGUGAGUCGCCAUGCAGCACUAGAGGAGGUCUUGGGGUGUGA